UAGCGCAGUCGUUACUAUACUUUGCUAAAUACAACGUAUAUCCAAGAACAUUGAUUGUCAUAGGCUGUUUUAGGAAAGUAAAAUGAAUUCCAUGAUAAUAUUAACAGUUCUAUAUUGUGGUUUGUGUGUGACACUAGUAACACCAACUGAUAAUGAUACUACAAAAUCUAGAACUGAUGAAACUAAACAAGAUCCAAACGAGAAUGCUGCACCUAGCAUAACUGGAAGCGAUUCAAAAGAGAAUGCUGCACCUAGUGCAGCUGGAAACAAUCCAAAGGAAGAGGCCGCACAUAGUGUGACUGGAAAAGGUCUAAAAGGGGAUGCGGCACCUAGUGCAACUAAAAAAGGUCUAAAAGGGGAUGCUACACCGAGUGUAACUGAAAAAGAUCGAAAAGAGGAUGCUGCACCUAUCGUAACUGGAAACAAUUCAGAAGGGGAUGCGGCACCUAGUGCAACUAAAAAAGGUCUAAAAGGGGAUGCUACACCGAGUGUAACUGAAAAAGAUCGAAAAGAGGAUGCUGCACCUAUUGUAACUGGAAGCGAUUCAAAAGAGAAUGCUGCAUCUAGUGAAAGUGAAAGCGAUUCAAAAGAGAAUGCUGCAUCUAGCAUAACUGGAAGCGAUUCAAAAGAGAAUGCUGCACCUAGCAUAACUGGAAGCGAUUCAAAAGAGAAUGCUGCAUCUAGUGAAAGUGAAAGCGAUUCAAAAGAGAAUGCUGCAUCUAGUGAAACUGGAAGCGAUUCAAAAGAGGAUGCUGCAUCUAGUGAAACUGGAAGCGAUUCAAAAGAGGAUGCUGCAUCUAGUGAAACUGGAAACGAUCCAAAGGAGGAUGCUGCAUCUAGUGAAACUGGAAAAGUCCAAAAGAGGAUGCUGCAUCUAGUGAAACUGAAAAAGAGUCUAAAAGGGGAUGCUGCACCGAGUGUAACUGAAAAAGAUCCAAAAGAGGAUGCUGCACCUAUCGUAACUGGAAACAAUUCAGAAGGGGAUGCUGCAUCUAGUGAAACUGGAAAUAAUCCAAAAGAGGAUGCUGCAUCUAGUGAAACUGGAAACGAUUCAAAGGGGAUGCUGCAUCUAGUGAAACUGGAAGCGAUUCAAAAGAGGAUGCUGCAUCUAGUGAAACUGGAAACGAUUCAAAAGAGGAUGCUGCAUCUAGUGAAACUGGAAGCGAUUCAAAAGAGGAUGCUGCAUCUAGUGAAACUGGAAGCGAUUCAAAAGAGGAUGCUGCAUCUAGUGAAACUGGAAGCGAUUCAAAAGAGGAUGCUGCAUCUAGUGAAACUGGAAACGAUUCAGAGGAGGAUGCUGCAUCUAGUGAAACUGGAAAUAAUCCAAAAGAGGAUGCUGCGUCUAGUGAAACUGGAAGCGAUUCAAAAGAGGAUGCUGCAUCUAGUGAAACUAGAAAUAAUCCAAAAGAGGAUGCUGCAUCUAGUGAAACUGGAAACGAUUCAAAAGGGGAUGCUGCAUCUAGUGAAACUGGAAAUAAUCCAAAAGAGGAUGCUGCAUCUAGUGAAACUGGAAGCGAUUCAAAAGAGGAUGCUGCAUCUAGUGAAACUGGAAGCGAUUCAAAAGAGGAUGCUGCAUCUAGUGAAACUGGAAACGAUUCAGAGGGGGAUGCUGCAUCUAGUGAAACUGGAAAUAAUCCAAAAGAGGAUGCUGCGUCUAGUGAAACUGGAAGCGAUUCAAAAGAGGAUGCUGCAUCUAGUGAAACUAGAAAUAAUCCAAAAGAGGAUGCUGCAUCUAGUGAAACUGGAAGCGAUUCAAAAGAGGAUGCUGCGUCUAGUGAAACUGGAAGCGAUUCAAAAGAGGAUGCUGCGUCUAGUGAAACUGGAAGCGAUUCAGAGGGGGAUGCUGCAUCUAGUGAAACUAGAAAUAAUCCAAAAGAGGAUGCUGCAUCUAGUGAAACUGGAAUAGAUGCAAAUUCAGAUGGACAUUCUGCAUCUGGUAAAACUAAAAAAGGCCAAAGUCACAGGUGCCUGUUGAAACAAGCAGCUCAAGUUUCUUUAGCUGGAUGAUGAUGCUCAUAGUACUCACUGCAGUUGUAUAUGUUGUGUAUUACAAUAGGAGAAAGGUGAUAAGUACCUUGAUGGGUCAAGGAAAGAAGAGAAACACAGGGAGUAGAAAUAGAGGGUACAACGCCAACUACCACAAGCUUGAAAAUGCUUAAAAUCAAACUUAUAAGUUUAUCUUUCAUUGGCCUUAUUGUUUUAUUUGGAUAUGCACUGAGCGAUUUAUUUUCAAAUCUUGGUUAAGGAUAACUGGAACUAUUUUAUUUGUUCACUGUGCAACUACAAUUGUGAACUAUAUGUAACAUGCUGCUUUUUCUACACGGUUCAACAGUUCCGAAAUAUUUUUGCUCAUGUGAAACUACAUUUCUUACUGUAAAUAUCUGUGUAAUACUUUCCUAUUUAUUCUUGUUAGUUUUCUUAUAAUAGAGUGCAUGUUAUAACCAGUUUUAUAUGUGUGUACUUUCUAAAGCUUUGAAUAUUUUUACCAAAACAGUGCAUUACUACAUUUUACUGACUGAAUAGUGAAUAAUGUGUUGUAGUUGUUAGUUACAUAGUUAAGUGGAUAUCUAAAUUUUCAACCUAAAACGUCAAUAUGUGCAGUACCUUUUCCGCAAAAGUCAACUAUCUAUGCCAGUAAUGCCACUGUUACCUAAACUAUGUAUAAAAUGUUUAAACAUAUCGGAACAGAAAUAUGUAUUAAUAAUCUAAA